UAAGUGUACAUUUAAGGGGUCAUUUUAGACCAAGAUUUACAUCAUUUUCUGUCAUAAACUGUGUCAAAUUGCCAAAAUUGGAGACGAUAUGGUGUUGAUUGCAAAGAAUGUCAAAAUUUAGGGUGCAAAAGGCAAAGAGUCCGUGAAAUUCACAACCUUUUUCCGUUUGGGUAAGGAGGACUGAGGAGAAGCAAAGCAGCAAUGGCAGCUGGACUUGCAAUCGGAUUUACUGCUGUGAGACCACCAUUAAAGCAAGCACUAGGAGUAAAUAUCCUCAAUUACCAAAAAAGCAAAUGGGUCUUUAGCCCUUUGGCUUUUUCAUCAUCAUCUUCUUCAACAUCAAGAAAGCUAAUACUCUAUUCGAAGCCUGGUUGCUGUUUGUGUGAUGGCCUCAAAGAAAAACUCAAUGCUGCUUUCUCUUUUUCCAGUCUCCAGUCUUUACACGACAUUCAAUUACAGGUUAGAGAUAUAACUAGCAAUCCUGAUUGGGAGAAGGCUUACCAAUAUGAAAUACCUGUGUUGGCUAGAGUGCGUCCUGAUGGCACUGAGAAACAUCCUCUCUAUUUUCAUAAGACAGUGGUAAGGUCUGCAUACAUCCUACCUUCGCCAGACCCCACUUGUGGAAUUUCGCUAGGAGGUACUUCCUAGAUUAUCUCCUCGUCUUGGUGUUGAGGCCAUCCACAAGAAGAUUGCAACCGCAUUGAAUGAAUGAGCUUUCUCUCAACUACAAUUUUGAUGCCAGUCUUUGCUCAUAUCGUAAGAGUGAUAAUAGGAGAACUGUCUUCUUCUUCCUUUCCCUUUUACCUGACAACCUAUGUAUCUUGCAAUCAUACCACCACCAAACCUUGAGAUUAUGGUGGACAUACACAGUUUUACUGUGUAAUACACCAUAGGAUAACGACUAUUAAAAUACCAAUGAGUAAAACUAGAUAUUUAUACAUUUUACCGCUAAUGAAGCUUGUCGUUUUAGCUC